AUGGCAUGGCGCCUCGGUUUCUACCGCGGUAGCCCAAUCUUCAUGUCAGCCAUCUCCGGCAUCGACAUUGCCCUCUGGGACCUAAAACGCUACCGUCUAGUCUACGCCUGGAUCGGCGGGGACCGUCCUGCCGAUAUUGGCGAAGCAGCGAAGGCUCGCCAAGCGCAGGGCUUCAAGGCUAUCAAGAUGAAUGCAACCGAGGAUACUGUCAAGGCGCUUGGCAUGGAUGCGGCGCUUGAUUUCCAUGGUCGUUUACAUAAACCAAUGGUUAAGCAACUAGCCAAAGCUUUGGAGCCACACCGUCCACUUUCCCUUGAGGAACCGCUUCUCUCGGAAAAUCUUGAGGGAAUUAAGCAACUCUCUGAGCAGGUCUCUUGCCCUAUCACCCUUGGCGAGAGGUUGUAUAGUCGCUGGGAUGUUAAGCGGUUCUUGGAAGAUGGUAGCGUGGAUAUCUUGCAGCCUGAUAUCAGUCACUGCGGUGGUAUAUCAGAGUUGCGUCGUAUCGCUAAUAAUAUUGCUAUUGCGCCUCAUUGUCCGCUGGGACCUAUCGCACUGACUGCUUGUAUGCAGGCGCAUCUUUCGAUUCCCAAUUUUGUCAUUUAG